UUUCUUUUUUUUUUUUUUAUAAUCUUUUCAGACAAUUAUUUUUGGAUCAUUAAACUGUCUAAACAUGUAAUGUGGUCUAACUUUCUCAUUUUAGCUUAGAUCCAAAAAAACGAAAUGGUCCUUUUACACUCUGUAUUUGAUGUUUGCUUUGGCCUAUAAAAUUGGAUGGAAUAAGCCGAUUUUAGUUUUCCCCCGGUCUUUUCUCAUAUGCAAUUUGUUGCUGAUGAUGAUCCAUUUCUGUUGAUUUUGUAUGAUAAAUAUGUGUUUGUGUUUUUCUUUUGCUUCUUGAAUCAUUUACGUUGACUUGAGGUUGACUUAAGCUGAAGUUAGUAAAAUGGAGUAUCCUAAGCUUGAGAUUUGUCAUCCAUACAUCAUCUCCUGAUUCAAUUCAUUGUUUUUUCGGUGGCAAUGGAGAACAAUGGGAUUGGCAAGGGGAGGAACAUUGUCUUCAAAAGGAUUCCAAUUAUGCAGAUGAAUCUCAAUGUUUGUGGAAUGAAGUGGCACUGAACGAGGAAGACCUCUCCUACAUGUUAGAUGAAACAACCCCAAUUAAAGCUUGUGGGGAUUUGGCUUACCAUGUUAAUCAUAGUGAUACCAUGCAGAAGGAACCAGAAGAAUACAAAGAAACUUCUUCACAGUUGAAGAGGCGACGGAUGUUACAGUUUGAUACUCAAGUUAUAGAUUCCCCCUUUUGCAAUGAAGAGAUGUCAUCUGUGUUUCUAUCAAAUGAGAGGGAGUGCUCGCUUGAUGAAGUGUUACCUCAAGCAUCAAAUUGGGCUACAGGUUUUUCAGAUGUGUCUGCCUCCAGUUAUGAGGUCCUGGAUCAGUCAUCUGAGGGAUGGCUUGCUGAAUGCCUUAAUGACGCGGAGAUGCAGUUUAGUCCCAAUGAUAUGAAUUAUGCUGGAGCAUCUGAUUUGCAAAUAGAUAUUUCAGAGUUCUGUAAUGAUGCACUCGGGAAUGGAGCUAGUGUGGUUCAAAAGCAUGUAGCUCGGACUCCUCAGAAUGUAGUUUUUAAAGGUAAGAAGUCUUUUAUACGAACACCCACUAAGUUAGCUUCAUCUGUCGUAUAUCCAUUUGCCUUCAUCAAACCCUGUGGGUUCCAUGGAGAUGUUACUCUGAAGGACAUAAACCAGCGGAUCCGCACUCCCCCACCAUCAAAAUCAAAGCAAAAUGAUGACGAUCCUACUUCUUACCCGACUUCAGCUUUUUCUGGGAAGCCUGUUGUUGGCAAAACUAAAAUCCGCACUGAAGGUGGAAAAGGAAGCAUCACAAUUAUGAGAACCAAAGGUUGAGGGGACAAGUGUCCCUCCAAACUUCUGGUUUCACAGCCUGAUGGACAUUUUGUUCUUUUCUUUUUCCAAAUUCCUUUUGCUCUGUACUAUUUUCGGGCCUAUAGAUGUCUAUAGAUUUUUUUAAAAACUUUUUUGUUUAGGUUGUUCAUGGAAUUCAUAAAUCACAUUAAAGUGUUUAUGUUUCCUAGUUUUGUAAGCAUCAAUGGCGGUUGCGUCAUACAUAUUUGACUUUUGUCUAGGACAAAUCUUAGUGCCAAUCAGAAUAUUUUGUCUAUCUUCAGAAUUUGCCUGUUGUUGCUUCACU